AUGCAGCUCCUUUCGCCCCUCGUUCUCCUCGCCCUCGCGGCAUUGGGGAUGCCUGCCCAGGCACAGAACGCUACAGUGCCCACCCCCGCCGCACCCGGCCUCGAUUUCUUGUUCAGCUGCAACGUCUCCGUGGGCCUGUCCGUCAAGGUCGGCACGGGCGUCAAGAACACGACGCGCGCCGUGUUCCCCGUGUACGGCGGCCAGGCCAUCGGUCCCCGCGUGCAAGGCAAGGUGCUCGAGAUCGGUGCGGACUGGGCGUCGUACGGCACGCUGCUGAACGGCGUCAACGUGGCCGACGACGACACCGCGAGCAAGAACCCCAAUGCCACGAAAUACUUUGCGACGGACGCGCGGUUCCAGCUCCUGACGCUGGACGGAGCCAACAUUUUCGUCGCGACACAAGGGCAGACCGCGCCGGGGACGACCACCGGCGCGGUGCAUGUGCGCGCCACCCUCGAAACGGCGAGCGCGGCCUACAGCUGGGUCAAUGGCAUUUUGGUGGUGGGCGUCCUGCGGACGAACAGCGACGGCUACCAGAUUGAUCUGUGGCAGUUGACGACGCCCUAG